CGAGCACAUUUCCGUGGAGGUAGGGUAGAAAUACUUUUCAAAUUUGAGAGUUCACCUUGUGUGAGGCAAUGAUGAUGCAUGCUACACUUGUUGCGUUUUUAUUUUGUUACAGCAUUUCCGUUUCAGCGGGAAAUGAAGAAGAAUCUCUACACAUUGCUCCUGUAUUUAAGGACAUCAUCGAAAAGGUAACAGUAGGAGAAUCGGAAAGCCUCGAGGUGCUGUGUUCGGCAACUGGCAGUAAGCCCAUUACCUAUAAUUGGAUUGAUCCCGACGAAAAUAGGAUUUCAUCUGACACUAGUGAAAACAUUUACACAGUUUUAGAUGACGAUGGAUCAUGGCUCUUUAUUAGUAAAGUAAGCAUUCGACAUCAGGGAGCUUAUACUUGUACUGCUUCGAACGAGUAUGGGUUAUCCAGCAAAUUUUUCAAUGUCGUAGUGAAAGAUAAAGAUUCCAAAAAUGAGACUGACACUAAUGGAUCUGCGUCUAUCGUUCGAGUGGUAGCAGAAAUUAAAAACAACAGCAUUUCGUUCAAAAUAUACACCCAAGGAAACGUUGAUACGAUUUUCGGGCAAUACAGCGAAAUUCGAUUGCCUAUGUCGAAGUCUAAAGUCGAGUGGAAAUUUGGAGGUCUAGGUCCAUAUGAGGUAAAGAAUCUGACAGCCAGCGGCAAGUACAGUUUCCAGUUCAGAUUAUCAGAAUCUGAGGAGUGGUCGAAAGUCUACACAUACGUGAUGCUUCCUGAUAUACCGCAUGUUAUAUUCGGUGGUUUAAACGAUGGAGUUCUCAAACUAGAGUGGUUCAGAAAAUGGGAUGACAUUGCGCGAGACACAAUCGACAAAUAUGAACUUUCGUAUAAUAGGGUGAGUCAAUACCAAGGGAAUUAUUGGCAGAAAGACAACUGUACGGUGACUAUUGAAAUUCCCAAGUGCGGUCCAUCUAGUUAUACAAUCACACCGUUAAUUAAGAACUUAUAUUACGAAAUACGUUUACGAGCGCAUACUUCAGCAGGCUACGGAGAGUAUUACUAUUUCAAAGUACAUGCUUGAAUCAUGACUAUUAAGAGUGAAUCAUGAAAAUGUAGUGCAAUGACAUUGAAAAAUGCUUGCAAUUUUGAUACAUGCAUUUACAUGUAAACUGCUCUUCAUAUUAAAAAUGUUAC